UUUGUAGUCCCGCACGACGGUUGCCGUCCGCUGACGCCGCGUCCGCCGCGCCGAUCUUUGUGCGAAACGCAGAAUCGCUACGUUAAAGCGCCCCGCAGCAAUCGGCGCGCAGCAGGCACACGAACGAGCGCAAAAAAACAACACAACAAUACAGACUAACGACGACGAGCCAGGAGACCGUUUUCGGCGCGGGUGUCGACACCGGCACCGGUUUCACAGGAACGGCACGGCCCUAAAAAUGGUUAUCUGGUGAGGCGCGUUGAGGCUGUUAGUCGGAGGCGCGCCACACAGCGCCACACAGCACAGCGUUGUGGAGGGGAAAAUACAGCCUUUCUCUAAACUCAACAGGCCGCUACCUAUCGCGCUGCUAUCGUGGCAGAUGGAAUCCACAGUCUGACAGCAGAGUGACACCAGAGAGAACCAAUUGCGGAGAGGAGAGAAGCGCUCAGCGGAGCAGGGAAGGGAGGGCACUGUUCGCCAGGGAGGAGAGAAGCGGUUAAGCAGAGGGGUACUAAGAUGUCGUCCAACCGGACCCAGAACCCCCAUGGACUGAAACAGAUCGGGCUGGACCAGAUUUGGGAUGACCUGCGGGCCGGCAUCCAGCAGGUGUACACGCGGCAAAGCAUGGCCAAGUCACGCUACAUGGAACUGUACACACAUGUAUAUAACUAUUGUACCAGCGUGCACCAGUCCAGCCAGGGCAGGGGCUCUGUGCCCCCCGCCAAGCCCUCUAAAAAAACCACCACACCAGGAGGCGCCCAGUUUGUCGGUCUGGAGCUGUACAAGAGGCUCAAGGAAUUCCUCAAGAACUACCUGACCAGCCUGCUCAAGGAUGGAGAGGACCUGAUGGAUGAAUGUGUGUUGAAGUUCUAUACCCAGCAGUGGGAGGACUACCGUUUCUCCAGCAAGGUCCUCAACGGAAUCUGCGCCUACCUCAACCGCCACUGGGUCAGGAGGGAGUGUGACGAGGGCCGCAAGGGCAUCUAUGAGAUCUACUCGUUGGCGCUGGUGACCUGGAGGGAAUGUUUAUUCAGACCCCUCAACAAACAGGUAACAAAUGCUGUGCUGAAGCUAAUAGAGAGAGAGAGAAAUGGCGAGACCAUCAACACCCGGCUCAUCAGUGGUGUGGUCCAGUCAUACGUUGAGCUGGGUCUGAACGAGGAGGACGCCUUCGCCAAGGGCCCCACGCUGUCCGUGUACAAGGAGUACUUUGAAUGCCAGUUCCUCACCGACACAGAACGUUUUUACACACGGGAGAGCACAGAGUUCCUCCAGCAGAACCCUGUCACCGAGUACAUGAAGAAGGCAGAGGCUCGUCUGCUGGAGGAGCAGAGGCGCGUCCAGGUGUACCUCCAUGAGUCCACCCAGGACGAGCUGGCCAGGAAAUGUGAGCAAGUCCUCAUAGAGAAACAUCUGGAGAUCUUCCAUACCGAGUUCCAGAACCUUCUGGAUGCCGAUAAGAAUGAAGACCUGGGGCGGAUGUACAACCUGGUGUCGCGGAUCACAGAUGGCCUGGGCGAGCUGAAGAAGCUUCUAGAGACUCACAUCCACAACCAGGGCCUGGCUGCCAUCGAGAAGUGUGGAGAGGCCGCUCUCAAUGACCCUAAGGUCUAUGUCCAAACCACCCUGGACGUGCACAAGAAGUACAACGCCUUGGUGAUGUCGGCCUUCAACAAUGAUGCUGGCUUCGUGGCGGCUCUGGACAAGGCGUGCGGGCGUUUCAUCAACAACAACGCCGUCACCAAGAUGGCCCAGUCUUCCAGCAAAUCACCUGAGCUGCUGGCCAGAUACUGUGAUUCUCUGCUUAAGAAAAGCUCCAAAAACCCAGAGGAGGCAGAACUGGAAGACACCCUUAACCAAGUGAUGGUUGUGUUUAAGUACAUCGAGGACAAGGAUGUGUUCCAGAAGUUCUACGCUAAGAUGUUGGCUAAGCGUCUGGUCCACCAAAACAGUGCCAGUGACGAUGCAGAGGCCAGCAUGAUCUCAAAACUUAAGCAAGCCUGCGGUUUCGAGUACACGUCCAAACUACAGCGCAUGUUUCAGGACAUUGGAGUCAGCAAAGACCUGAAUGAACAGUUUAAGAAGCACCUGACCAACUCCGAGCCUCUGGACUUGGACUUCAGUAUCCAAGUGUUGAGCUCUGGUUCCUGGCCUUUCCAGCAAUCCUGUACCUUUGCUUUGCCCUCUGAGCUGGAGCGAAGCUACCAGCGCUUCACUGCUUUCUACGCCAGCAGACACAGCGGCCGCAAGCUCACCUGGCUCUACCACCUGUCGAAAGGAGAGCUGGUCACCAACUGCUUCAAAAACAGGUACACUCUGCAGGCCUCCACCUUCCAGAUGGCCAUCCUACUGCAGUACAACACAGAGGACAUGUACACAGUCCAGCAGCUCACCGACAGCACACAGAUCAAAACCGACAUUCUGGUUCAAGUCCUGCAGAUCUUGUUAAAGUCCAAACUACUGGUGUUGGAGGAUGAGAAUGCCAACGUUGAUGAGGUGGAGUUCAAACCAGACACCCUGAUCAAACUCUUCCUUGGAUAUAAGAAUAAGAAGCUGAGGGUGAACAUCAAUGUCCCAAUGAAGACGGAGCAGAAACAGGAGCAGGAGACCACGCACAAGAACAUCGAGGAGGACCGCAAGCUCCUCAUACAAGCUGCUAUCGUGAGGAUUAUGAAGAUGAGGAAGGUUCUGAAACAUCAGCAGCUCCUGGCAGAGGUCCUGAACCAGCUUUCCUCCCGAUUCAAACCCAGAGUCCCUGUAAUCAAGAAAUGCAUCGACAUCCUGAUAGAGAAGGAGUACCUGGAGCGUGUAGACGGGGAGAAGGACACCUACAGCUACCUGGCUUAAACACUGCCCUGCCGUCCUCUCCAGGCCCCUUUUCACUUUUAAUUUUUAAAUUUAUUUUAUGUCUGAGUAUUAAAGUGUGGAUCCCUCUGACUGGCGGACGUGUCAAGUGUGUGUGUGAUCAUAUGGGACACCCGACGCUGUGACUGUUCCUGAUAUGCCAUCCAGUGUUGGGGAGGGGUUGAACCGACUCCGGCUUUCGCCCGAGUGACGAAGGCUCAUUGGCCCCUCGCCCUUCCCUUUUUAGACCAGGAAACCCCAUCAACACACUUCGCCCCGUCCUAUUGAAAUGACUCAUCUCUAGGACCUGCCCCUCCCAAAAACACACACACACACGCUUUCAUAAUGUAAAUAAGCACCACAGACUUGAAAGAAGAGAAAAAAAAGUUUAAAAAAAACCCAUUUCCCGUCUUUGCAUAGAGCGAACUUAACGAUUUAGCCUUCAGCCAGUCAGAGAACUGCACCCCUGGGUUACUGCAUGCUACUGCCUACCUGCAUCACGGUGACGGAUUAAGUACAAUUUUAAAAAAAAAGAAAACGAUAAGAUACAAACGAACACCGGCCGAUUGACUGACAGCAGACCGACGCAGUCCGCCAUGCAAGAACCCACCGGAAUGACAACGAAUGAAAUCGACAAAAGCGCUGUUCCUGUAAUUAUGUAUGCCACCUAAAAAAAGAGAAAAAGAAAAGAAGCAGCACUUGAUGAGCAUGUCGGGCAGCCAGGGAUAUGGAGGUGGUGGGGCGGUUCUGGCCCUGAUCCGGUACCAGGGCUGCAAUCCGAUCCCGGACUGUCACUCAGCCCAGAGAGGAAGACCUGACAGGAUGGGACAAUGAGCGAGGGGUUGAAUUGUAAAGGAAACUAGCACCAGUGAUCCCAUCAGUUGAGGUUGUCUCUGUCCUUGUUGAGGGCGUGUCGCGGGGGGAGGGAGGGGGGGUUCGGCUGGUUGGGAUCA